CAAAAUUUAAAGACCACCCAAAAGAAGGGCAGAAUUGCCCGUCUUCCAUAAGAAUUUAUAUUUUCUUACAGACUACAAAGAUCUAACUUUUUUGGCAGACUUCAAAGAUUGAUUUUCACUAAAAUCUACGUGCAUAUCAGGAAGUUCUUUAUUGGAUAUCUUCAAGCUCAUUUUCUGGAACUUUGUAAGAUGAAACAAGUUUUGGCAGACAUUCUAUUGAAAUGACUAUCUGAGCAUAUAAUUCCCUUCUUUUGGUCGAUAAUCUGGAAGGCGUCCCAAUUAUCUCACGUGGAUCUCAAUAAAAUAGUCAGCGGAGAGAUAGACAAUGGAUUCUGAGCCGGUACUACAUACUGGCGGAUGUCACUGUAAAAGAGUAAGAUGGCGAGUCUAUGCACCAUCUAGCAUUGUUGCCUGGGAUUGUAACUGCUCUGACUGCUCCAUGAGACGAAACACACACUUCAUAGUUCCCUCCGAGAGAUUUGAACUUCUCGGCGACUCCAAGGAGUUCAUCACAACUUAUACUUUCGGGACACAUACAGCUAAACACACCUUCUGCAAAGUUUGUGGCAUAACUUCUUUCUACAUUCCACGAUCGAAUCCAGAUGGAACAGCUAUUUCAUUAUGGUGUGUUGGUCCCGGUACGCUGAGUCAUGUUGAGAUCAAAUGUUUCGAUGGACAAAAUUGGGAAGGCUCGUACGAGCAAACUGGCAUUGCGUCCUGUUCAAGGGCAACAGAUGAAGACUCAAAAUGAUAUCAACUUUUGUUUUGAAAGCCAGGAGCAUAAUGUAACACUUGAUCAAAUUUCUUGAUUCAUCUUCUCUAUCUGUUUUCACAAAUUUUUAUUGUUAUAAGUUGAAUUCAUCCUUGAAAAUGAUGUUAAGUGACAUACAAGUUUAACUAAAUUUUGAUACAGCAGAGUGAUUCACUUGUGUUGCAA